AUGGGGCUGCCUCGUAGCAAUGACAGCAGCGAUAUGGAGUUACAGCAGCUUAAACAGAAACUGGAACAUUCUUUGUUCCUAGGUCAUGAUCUCGUGUCAUUAGAUGAAGGAUUUGUACCACGUGGCCCUGAGACAAGAGGCUUUGAAAUGGAACCACGUCCGAGUUCGUAUUAUGGCAUCAAUAUCGAGGAAGAAGACGAUGAAGAUGACGAUAUGGAUCGUUUAGAAAUACCGAGUAAUCGAUAUGCUGGUGUGAUUUAUGCAGCACGUUUCUUUGUGACACGGGUAGGUUUUCUUCGCUCAGCGAAGCGUCUUAUGGUGCUCAGUAGUAAUCAUUUAACGAUCGUUGAUCCUUACUCUGAUGAAGUUAAGGAACGUUAUGCAUUUGAAAAUAUCAAGGAAGUUACGAUUGCUUCCGAUAGUGGUGGCCAUAAUGCUGAUCGAGCGUUUGUGAUUUUUAUUGGAAAAAAUCUCAAGGAAACGUACACGUGUCGAUGUAGACAACAAUUAUUGUCUGCAUACUAUCAGCUGAGAGAACGAGCUUCAUCUGUUCGAAAAGAAGAGAUUGAAGCAGCUACUGCAGAUGCUCUCAGUGCUGUUGGAGCGAGUGUAGCUACAAAUGAUAACACGUGGGCUUCGAGCUCUGGAGGCCCCGCAGGAGCACGAGAAAUCAACGCUAAUUUUCUGGGCAGUGGCAUGUACUUUGACAGUUUGUUUCAAUUGUGUGGAAAAACGUUUACGAUGGCGAAACUCAGCACGACACGAAGCAUUGCAAUUCAUCCGGUUAAAGUCGACGUGCUGCUGGCCGUGCGAGCUGCUAGCUUAGAUCGACUCGAUCUGCAGACACGCGCCACACUAUCGUCAAUUUUACUGAUUGACAUCGUGAAGAUUCAGCGAGUGAACACCAACUCAAACGAGCUUGUACUUUACUUUGAGAGCAAUCGAGUGCAUCGUUACUGGUGCGACAGUCGCGAGCCAUUUAUCCAAGCCAUUGCCAAUAAUUUGCGUUCCUGGUUGAGCGUGUCACUCGUCGUAGAAGAGGUAUUUGACUCGUGUGAGUUUGAUGCACUCACGUCGACGCGGGACAUCCCGCAACCCGUAACCUUCGAAAUUCCUGUGUUAAAGAUUAGCAAGAGCAAGACUAAUAAGUUGCAGCUGCGGUUGCUUGGUCUAACCGCGUUAGCAAUCAUCGAGCGAGAUCCAGUGACACGAAAGACAAUGGCGAGCCAUGCAUUGAACGAUAUUUUUAACGUGGUGAUUUACCCAUCAGUGUCGUCUUCUCAAGAAGACCCUGAUAUUGAAUCAUCGGAGGGUUUGAAUGGCAAAUUUGCGCUCGAGUUGAAGCAAGGACUGACGCGUCGUUUUCUUUGUCUGAGCUCAACGGCAAGCAGGCGUGAUAAAGAUGUUAGUUUGGGACUGAAGCGGGUAUCAUCACAGCACGAGAAUGAGCUUCGCCAGCUUAUUGGAGACAUUGCUGGAGAUCUUACCGUACCAGAAUGGCUGAAGGUUGCUGGUUCUACGACAUUGCUUAGUCCAAAAGAGGCACGGAGUUUAUUUUUAAGUAACGUGAUUGAGAUGUGCCGGAUGAACAAGCUGCAUGUUACCUGGUCAACAGAGGAAACGAAAAUUGCAUGUAAGGAAGGAACGUGGGGUACUGAGGUCCACCCUGAAUGGGAAGACAUUUUGUUACGCAAGCUGGUCAAUUUGAAUUUUAUUCCAAACCUUGUAACGAACGAGAGUAUGUCGCAAAUUUACCACCAGUUGGUUCAGUUCAAUCGCAAUAUUCCGUUGGGAGGUUUGCGUCAGCGCGAUCGACGUGCGUUUGCAAGCCUGAUGAAGUUGCUUGAGAAUUUCAAGGAAUACUCUGUGGCUCAGCUCAACAGUCCUUCUAACACGGACGCGCCGAUCCCGACAACAGAGUUUCAAGUGGAGCUGUUGUUGGCUAUCCAGCGUUUGCUUUGCACCCGUGGAGUCUUUGAGGAAGUCCCUAGUUCGCAGUACAAGAACAGUGUCGAGGUGAUAAUGGAAUUGCUUCAUUCCCCAAUGGAGGAAGUAAGCUUUGCAGCAGCGUGUGUGAUUAAGUAUAUGGUAGUCAACUAUUCUGAUACUCGCAGCUUAAAGUCCGAGACAGCCAACCGUCGCGCGACUUUUACAAAGUACCAUAGCCGGAUGUACGUGUCCCGUGCAUUUGACCUGUCAAGAACAAAUCGAGUGGGUCGCAUGCCAUUACAUUCUACCGCAGCGGUAAAGUUUGGGUCCAGCCAUGGAUUAUCGUCAGUAGCGGCAAUGUCCAAUACCGAACGCAGCAUGGCGAAUGCGCUAGCGUAUUCUCAGCUUGGAUUAGACUACCUUGUUCUUGCUAUGGUCCUGCAGACACUUGAAGUUUGCCUAUCUAGUGGAAAGAAGGCAACCCCAGAAAGAGUGGUCAAAGAUUUGCUUCGUGCUAUGCGGUUCGACGAUUUUUCUCGUCAUCACUCUCUGUUUUUGUUCAACCGAUCAUUGAGUUUCUCAAUCACAAAAUGCUCGUCGAUUUUGGUGAAAGUCCAUAUUCUGGAGCAACCUACUGAGCUUGUUGAGCUAAUUCAAGAUUUUGCUAGGAAGCACGGCGCGCUUGUUUGGCAGCUUUACUUAGCACUGUAUACCCAAGACAAAGCUCAGCGUCGGAUCUCAUCCCAACUGGUAGCAUUGCUUACGCACGAAAACCCGCGAUCAUCGUACGUGAUUCGCAAUAUUUUUCCACAUGCGUUGCUGGAUGACCAGAAAGUUACCCAACUUGAAUAUGACGAGUUUGGUCGACAUCUACCAACAGCAAACACCGAGUUGUACACAAAAAGCAACGGUGUUUCGAAUAAGAAUGGUAGCCGCCGCGAAAUCACCAAUGCUACGGAAAACGGACACAGUAAAAUAAGCUAUGGAAUCACCACUCGUGCUCGCUUGGCGCGAAACGCAAAGCAUGCUGUGCUCUUGCCUGAAUUCUUCGACCGCCUGGGUAAAACUCAUGCGACCAAGGAUCUUGUCUGGGGCCCUAACGCAGUUGAAGAAUUGAUUUGUAAGUUACAGGCCGAAAUGAGCGCGCUGGACUUGUACCGUCUGAAAUACUUGUGCUACCUGUACACGGACCCGCUUGCCACGGAUCAUGCGGAAUCCGAAUGGGACGCAUACGAAGCAUAUCGAUACCGCCGCGAACAGCAGCAAGCAAAUUCUGCCCCAUUUCUUUUCGAGUUCCUGCAAAAUGGGUCUAAAUGCCGAUUGGCGAUUGAAACAAUGAAGGGGACAAUCUCAUCAUCAAAUCGAUUCGCUAGGUUUAUGCCUUUAUCGUUCUUGCUGAAUCCAGACACGUUUGACGACGUUGAGAGUGACAGUGGAAUUGAUGAUGAAAAUUAUGACAGCGAUGAUAAUUUUACUGAUGAAAAUGGGUUACUUUCUCGAUCCAACAGUAUUAUACGUUCUGGUGAUACCACAGAGCACAAACACGACGAACAAGACGGCCAAAGUGCUCGUAGUGCAAAUUUGGCCAAAAAGAAAAAGAAAAGUGCAAAGAAAAUGCCACGGUGGUUUGUGGCUUGGAAUUGCAAUGAAUUUCGUGUCGACUAUGAGUGUCUGGAAAGCGAAGUGAAAGUUGGACCGUAUUAUCUUGCAAAUAUUCUUGACGAUCGUGGCGUCCUCGUGGAAGAUAUUGAGGGUGCAGAGAAGUUUAUGACGCUGCUGUAUUAUCGCUUACUCGCUGAAGGCCGUGCCAUUUCUGCCGACAAGCUUUUGAAUAGAGGACGCUAUUCUUCGGCAGAUUCACUUGGCGACUUUGAUCAGUCUGACAUCCGCUUGCUGGUUCUAAAGGUUAUGAUUCAGCUAUACGAGCGCCACUUCAACGAAUUGGGUUCGCUAAUGUUUCUUAAUCACUUUCUUCGAGUGAGCAUGAUGAAAGGUAAACAUGGCGAGGAUCGACGUUGGCCACUCAUUGUCCGUGGCAACAUAAUGCUGUUUCUGGAUCGUGUUCUCUCCAGUGCACUAAAUGUAUCGCGGUUUUUACGUGAAAGUGACAACGUAAGAAUGGUGUUGGAUUUGCUUUGUGAAGUAAAACCGUUGGUCGUUCUCCAAGGGCCUAACGAUGCUGACAAAGAGUAUAUUGUAGAACCUGCAGCGGAUGUUCAGGCUGAAUUUGAUGCAUUUGAGGAUGAGAACGAAGACGAGAAUGAUGAAGAAUACGCUGAUGAUAGAGGCGAGUGUGACGAUGAUGAAGAUGACUUUGAGGAUGAGCGGGAUAUAGCAAGGAGAAUGAUUGACGCAUUGGAAGAGUCUAGUGCAGAGAGCUCUAUCGUUUCGAGCCAUUCCGUUUCUCCAACGUAUGCAAACCGCGUUGACGAUAGUGUACAGUUUGAAGAAAAAUUCAGUCGUGUGACAGUUGUGGCAGAGCAUUGCGGUGCAAUGAGUGGGUCGAUGAUCAUGCAGACUUGCUUAAGUGUUUUAAGCCGUCUCAUCGAUUGUCACACAGCGGAAGAAGAGGGACAUAUGUGCCAGGAUGUGCGUUUUCCCAAAUAUGGACGACUGACGCACUUUGAAGGCUCAAGCGUAAGCCCAAUCAGCUCCAUCAAACAGCGGCUAUGCGAGAAUCAGACGCUACGAUUUUUGGUGGGGCUUUUAGAUUGUCCAAAUCGCAUUGUUUUCAAAAAGUGCCUCGGUUUGAUUCGGCUUCUUGUCCGACACAACGAGGCGAUAAUUCCAAACCUUCACGCCUCGGGAAUCUUCUACUACCUUCUUCGGUUUGCCCAAGAUGUGGACGAAAUGUCUAUAGCGGCGCGUCUUAUCUCUCAUAUUCAUUUACGGCAAUCAGGACUUGAUGUUCCGCAUCUUAUAGAUGAUAAGCAAAAGGGAGAGAACAAGAAGGGUGUUUAUUCGCCUGAUCCCUUGACCCGUAUCUGCUUGAGGAGUUGGCUAGUGCGAGUAUUGCCAGUGUCAAUGGUUGCUCAGCUGUUGCGUCAUGGUCCUCGACGUUUCGCUACGGCGCUGUUCUCCGACGCAAACAACCCUGAAGUAGUCUGGAACGCUAAUAUGCGUAACCAAAUGGUGACGUAUAUUGAAAAAUUCAUGGAGUUACAUACUGAUGACAGCGGAAUGUUCUACAUUUCGGAGAAUGAAGGUUCAGAGCACAAGGCCUGUAUCGCUUUGAUCCAGUACCCGAAGGAAGUUCACGCACUACAGUGCUACCAGUACUACUUGCACAACCUUCUUGACGAGAAGAAUUUUCCUGGGUGGCCUAUCAAUGACGAGGUUGCUUUUUUGCAUGCUCUUCUCGACUCCGUCCACCGUUGGGUACACCCAGAGUUGUUGCUAACUGCUCGUGGUGCAACAGCCACUAAAGGUCAAUCCACAAAACUUCUCUCUGUGUUCGAUGCAGUUGAGUUGCUCGAUGCCAUCGCGUUGCUACUACGCCGUUUUCCUGACUCGCCAUCCGUCACGAUUCUACAAAACUUUUCGUAUUUCUUGGAGGCCCUGGAUCGAUGCACCUUGGAAUUGAAAGACAACCGUGUUGGCAAAACGACAAGAACGGUGUAUGAUGUGUCCAACACCAUCACGAGUAAAACUGCUUUUGUGAAGGCAUUUGGAAGUGCGAUUCGUGUAAUUAAUUUGGCGGUCAGUAUUUCAGACGAAAAUGCCCAUCAGUGUAGUUCUGGACUGGGUCUUCGAGUGCUUUGCAGCUCGCUUCAGUUGCUUUUCCACAAUGAUGAGGCACUGAGUUCUGUUGACGGAUGCGCGCCGAGCGUGAUGACACAUUGGGUGUUAGAAGCACUUGUGAACGUUCUGAACCAGCCAAGUGGACGUGUAUCGGCUGCCGCACAGUCAAUUGAUUUGCUACCUUGUUUGACACGUUUCCUUUCGCAAGAAAAUGAUCGGUUGGCUACAGAUUUAUCUCUCCAAAUCGUGUAUGAAAUGUCUGGAAGCUCGGGAGAAAUAGCUGAAGUCCUUUUGCUGCAGCUUGCUGAACACGGGAUUUUGUGGUAUUUGACACUCCUGUUGUUCCAUUACCAGCUGAAUCAUGAUGACAGCGACGGGGAUAUGCAGCGUAUUAGCAUCGGCGCAGCGAAGGCUCUGGGCAAAAUCUUGGAAGCCAACGCAAGAGAGGAGUCAAUCGCUGUAUAUGUCACGAAAAUGCAGACUACAAUCGAACAAAUUUUUACACGUCCGCUGGUAGACAUUUUACGACGAGCGGGACCUAUCAAAAUGCUAGACGUAUUUAUGAGUGAGGUUCGCGAGCCGCACGUGAUGUGGACUGAUCGUAUGCGGAAAGAGUUGAUUAGUCUUGCUCAGCGUGCAAUUCAGUUUCAUACAAAGAUGGAUCAAAGCGACGGGGAAGUGCGCAAAGUGUUUGAACUACCGCCGUACUUUAUGUUCGCGGCGCAAAAAGAAGAGCUAUGCGUGGCUGGCAUCUACGUCAAUUUCUUCAACGAAAAUCCGAAGAAUGGCCUUCUUGCUCAGAUUGCUGGAACCGUGAACAGCAAUGGAAGUCGUGCCGACUUGUUCAGGUCGAAGCCAACGACGAGGAAAGAAAUCCAAGCUGCCGCUGCAGCGGCCGCGGAGCUGGAAAACCGCACAGUAAGUGGACAUGUGAUGCACGGUCUACUGGCAGCGCUAUCAUACGACAUAUCGGGUGUGCGCGCGCAACCCCAGACACUAGAGAGUAUUUUACUUCAGCGCUUGCUUCCAGUGGCAACGGCUAUUAGAAACCUGCUGCAGUAUACGCCUGACAUGGAUGUGCAGAUUGUCCAGGCAGACGGCUUGGUGACGCUCUUGUUUGUACUAGACCACGAAACACAACCGCAGGGAUUCUCAUUUACGAAUGCGCCACUGCUGCAACUUCGCUGCAUUGAAUGCAUGCACAUGCUAUCAUUUAGUGGCAAAUGCGUCGACCCAUUGGCUACCGUAGUUCCUCCUUUCAUCAAAAGCGCAUUCCAAGUCGUGUACAAGAACCUUGCCCGCACCGAGGCUUCGACUGAGGGUCAGUUGGCUCGUAUAACGCUGCAGUUGCUUGGUAAUCUGUGCCUUAUCCCAGCCUGCAUCGAUAACCUCGUGAAAGGAAUGGACCCCACUAGCCUAUCAAACCUGUUGCCGCACGUGUGGUUGGGAGACUCGAUGACAAUACAGCUUCUCUUGUGCUUGCACAUGAUUCCUCUCAAGCGGCACACCCAAGCUGCCACCGAGUUUGCAAAGGCUGCAGUGAGCUCGCAACUUGCAGCAGCACUUCUUAAUCUGCUUUCUACGCUUGCGCCUCGAUCGAAGAUGGGAGAAAGCACAGCAACUAAACAGUAUGCUGCGCGUUUUCUUUCAGUGCUAUCAUCUAAUCCAGGAAGCGGUGGUGCUAUCUCGAGCUUGCUUAUUGCAUCCCGCGUCUGGGAAACCCAUGGUGACACUACUCAGGCGACGUCCGAAGACCUCCGCCGUUUGCUUGUGCCCCCGUACGCACCCGCGUUGCUAAAGGCACCCCACGCAAAUCCCAACAAGGUUGGAUAA